AUGCCCAUUUCAUACUGCUGUCACAUCAUCGCAUCCAUUGAGCUGCGGUAUGCAUCGGACACACGCAUACCGAAAAAGAUUCUUCGAGCUUUUAAGUAUCCCAGGAUUGAGGAGAACGAUGAAGCUUCAGAAGCAUCUACUGGCGUGUUAGAGUUUCUCGCUUCAACAGCGGCCUGGAUGGACGACGUCGAUGUCUGCAACAGCAUCCUUGAAUCGCAUGGUUACUCAAUCGUGCGAGAUGACAGCUGUAGCGGGCAAGGGGGAGGUGCUUUAUGUAUAAGGAGGCUGGAUUCUAAUGCAGGUCAACCCGUAAAACGGUUGCGUAAGCAACUCACCCGUGGCGAACCAACAUCCGGCAAGGCACCUACAACGGAGAAUGGCAAUGUAGACGGCGCCUCCAUGAGUUAUAUAUGCGGCAUUGUGAGGCGUUCAAUGGUGUACCACCUAUGUCUGUAUGAUGACUACUCCAAGGACUUUGAACACAUCGUUUCUAAAACGACCGAUGUCACGCGGGAUGUUUGCAGCAUACGCAAGCAUUCCGCUUAUGAGAUGCUAUGCAGUCUAAGGGACUGCCUAACGCAGCUGCGCAGCAAGAGCACCGAAACCAUGGAGGCAGUGCUCAUCACCGAUGAGUACAGCGGCAUCUUCACGAAUGAAGAGGUCAUUAUCACGCGCUCCACAAUGGGAUUUCGCGGCAUGCUCGCCGAUGAGGGCAUUAAGUUUUCCAACAUGUACGAUAUCGCUUCGUCUUCUUUCGGAAACCUACCUUUGGAAAAUUGGGAUAACUCUCGUGAUAAUCUCGUCAACGAUUACUUGCAGAUGAGCACAACAUAUGGACCGGAAGAAAGCCAGGAACCUAAUAUCGAUGAGCUGGCCAUAGUUUCCGUCCCAGAUGGAGCCACUUUUGCUGAGAGCACGCUGCCUGCGAAGGAAGCCUUUUUUAAGGCACUCAAUCUGCCGGUGUCUGAUGAUGACAUAAAUGUUUUCACCGUGAAAGGGCGUGCACACUGCCGAAAGUUGCUGAAAUUCCUCGAGAGGCUGUGCAGGUCAGCGCUUUUGAAAUUGAAGACAGCGAAGUUGCACUGUGCCCCCGUAAAGAUUGUGCUGUCAAAUUUCCCUGUGAUAUUCUCCAAGCUCCAGGAGCUCCGUGUUUCAUCCGAAGAGAUGGAGAGUAGCAUCACGAGUGAUACUAACUGCCUCACCGUGAAAGGCCUGAUACUGCCGAGCGUUUUGAGUGGUAUCUUCAAAGUCGUACGACGUAUGCAGACUCAAGGAACAAUUCAAGAUGUUUCCUUGACUCUAAAGUACAAUACGGAUGUGGAUGCUGAGCUUCAUGAAAGCAUGCUACAAAUAUCGGAGAAAAACAGGAUAUACAACAAUUUCAUGGUGAACGUUAAUUCGUUGGAGAGCGCCUCACAAAGAAUUUAUCGAGUGCUGAGGAAGCUGGUGCCAUUUACAAACUUUGUAGUGCACAAAGGACGAAUAAGCGUUCCUUACAAGGGUGCACUGAGGGAUCAUGGCCAUAUAGAGUUGUCACAUACUGACAAUGGCGCAAAAAUCGAAAACAAGAGUCUGCAUCUAACUGACGCGUCCCUCUCCCAAGAGCAGAUGGGAGACACGACUGCAGAAUCUGAGCCAAGAUGUGAAAAGGUGGUUAUUUUGAAAGACACGUUGUACUCAAACCUGGCUAUGGUGAAGUUUACAAUGGAACAUCUAGAGGGUGCGCAUACAGUUUCCGUGAUACCUACAAAAAGCCUCAUAGAUGAAGCAAUUGCCUAUGUUUCCUGCAUUAGCUCUUCAUCUGAGAAGGAUGAUUCGCACUUCACAAAGUGUUAUGUUGAUCUGUAUCCCAUCUUAAACAACGAGAAUGUGCAUGCGACCAUGGAUAUACAGCCGUAUCACCUGGUUAACUUAGUCUGGUUAAUGGGUUACCUUCUCCAUUGUGGUGGUUUCUUGCCAUUUAUGGACCGUGAAAGCUGUAGUGAAAACACAGAGAUGCCAUCCUUGGAUACGGAUCUUUUAUCUUCGUCUCUGUCACUGUCUAGGUCGCUCUCCGAGGAGUUCAGCGUUUUCUUGGAUGGGUCUGUGCCGGAGAUGUUCAAAACAGAUGUAUCACCAUCAGCCGUAGACCCUUUGUCCCAGCAGUCGUAUAUAAUAAAGCUUGUUCACCACGUGACUUUAAACAAGCGUUUUCAGAACCUAUUUGGGAUAUCUUACAAUGAACACUCCCGCAAGAAAUUGGAAGCGAUGCCUAGUUUGGAUGUAAAGCGAAAGGUUUCGAAUGAUACAAUUUCUUUGAUCUCGCGUGACACCUCUGAGGGAUACACAGCCAAUCUAACGCACAGUUGGAACAGCCUCAUACAAAGGGCUCAGUCCGACUCAAUAACCACCGACUGUGGAAGAGAACAAGAUGGCGGCGAGCAGGGCAAUGAUGACCUUCAGGGCUCUUUAAAUUCCUCCCACAAUACUGAAGUGUUUUCGUUGGAUAAAAUGCCAGAACAACCUUCGGGCGCUCAAACUGCAGCGGGCAAUCUCGUAAGCAUGAUCCCUUCCACAGCGGAUGAUGCUGUGAAGCAUAGCCUUUCACUAACGGAAAGUUUCCAGUCCGUUUCGUCGGUUACUAGGGCACAUGGCAGGGUUCGCCACUGCGUCUUCGAUUUUGAUACAAAGGCUUCACUAAAGGACAAGAGCGACAGAUCGAAGCUACAGCACGAGAUCCAUAACACGUAUCGUCCCGAUCAUGUGCAAGCCGAGCGAUCUGGACGGAACCGGCACCUAGUUUUUGUACUUUUGACAAAUGAAGUUGUUUCUCCACUCGCAUCGAGCAGAAUAAAGUUGGUAAAGGACGUCAUCAACUCAUCAGAUGUUAUGUUUUUACAUGGAGAGAAUGCUGAGGAGAGCGAACAGCCCAUCGAGUAUAAUGCCUUCAACGCACAAAAUGUCGAGAGAAGAUACAAGUUGGAAUCAACAGCUGCAGUAUCGGACGAUUUUUACAUCAAAGGUGGUAUGUCGUACUCGUUUUCUUUGGGGGUUGGUCGACUUAUUCCACACCUCUCACGACUGAAUAAAAUGUUGAGCAAGGACGUGGCUAUAGAAUUGUUCUACGUUAGGAUGGAUUCUGGUAUCUCUAUGCGUAAAUUACUCUCAGUUCGUGGUCUGGUUGAGCCAGAUAGGGGAGCGGCGAAAUCUAUUUUUGCUGGGCGGGAGAUAAUAGAGCAUUUUGUGAGCUACGCAUGGUUAUGUGAUGCCUAUUUCGAUGGCUGUAUCGACUUGCGUGCUGAAAUAAGGCACUUCCAAAAGAUGUCGGUCUAUGGUGAUAAAAUGGUUGACCAUUUCUUCUCCAGAGAUGACGCGGAGCAACAUCGCAAAUACAGCCACGGAUCCUUAGCAUUUUCAUCCCGUUAUCGUGACGUUAAGUUCUUAUGGGGGUGGUCUAUAUAUGUGUUGGAUAGGGGCAGCGUUGUAGUCAGCGAUGAGGAUGCGCUACUCUUUAAAAUGCAUUGCGGCAUUAACGUACGGUCACACGGGUCGUUAAAUGCCAUUGCCAAAGAUGUGAAGAACGACUUGGAGUCGCGCUUGAAACGGUUUAAUAUAGAUGAAAACGAUAUCGCAUCGUUUUUCUUCCACCCGAGGAUAUAUACCAAUUCGCUGGUGCUUCUGGAUGACUCUACGUUGCCCAGUUCAGAUUUGGAGAGUCUAAAGACGAACUCUGUUUACGCAAACGGUUGCAUAAAGGAAACAUUCGGAGGGUUUCCGAUAUGUUUCGGACGGUACGAAGGAUUGCCUUUGUUAAGGUUGCGCUGGCUAAAGGAUACGUUGAGAAAGGGUCGGCCGGAGCCGAUAUCAAAAUAUCUGCUCGUAUCAUAG